AAAAAGCAGCGCUGGGGAGAGGAUGAAGGCAGAGAGCGCGGGUGAGUCACGGGCGGAGCUGGCCUCGCUCGCUCGCUCGCUGGCUCCCGCCCGCCCGCCCUCCGCCCCCCGCCGGCUCCCACCGUCUCCUCCGCCGCCGCCCGCCGCCCGCCGCCCGCUCCGGCUCGCCCUGGGCUCCUGCCCCUCGCCGCUGCAGAGCCCGCCGGCGCGCGGGGCCCGCGAGCGCCCGUCUGUAGCGCACCAGCCAGCCGCGCCCGCAGCCCGAGCGCAGCCUCGAGGUCCCAUCUGAGGUGCCGCUGACCGUCCCUGUCCCCCACCCCGGAUCCCGGCAAUGCUAACCGCUGUCUGCGGCUCUCUGGGCAGCCAGCACACGGACGCGCCUCACGCCUCCCCGCCGCGCCUUGACCUGCAGCCUCUCCAGACAUACCAGGGCCAUACGAGCCCGGAGGCCGGGGACUACCCCUCCCCGCUGCAGCCUGGAGAGCUGCAGAGCCUCCCGUUGGGCCCGGAGGUGGACUUCUCACAAGGCUAUGAGCUGCCGGGGGCCUCCUCGCGGGUAACCUGCGAGGACCUGGAAAGCGACAGUCCCUUGGCCCCGGGACCCUUUUCCAAGCUCCUGCAGCCGGACAUGUCACACCAUUAUGAAUCAUGGUUCCGGCCAACUCAUCCAGGCACCGAGGAUGGCUCGUGGUGGGACCUUCAUCCGGGCACCAGCUGGAUGGACCUCCCCCACACUCAGGGCGCGCUGACCUCACCUGGCCACCCGGGGGCGCUUCAGGCUGGCUUGGGGGGCUACGUCGGAGACCAUCAGCUUUGUGCCCCGCCACCCCACCCGCAUCCGCACCAUCUCCUCCCACCUGCCGGAGGGCAGCAUCUCCUGGGGCCGCCCGACGGGGCUAAGGCCUUGGAAGCGGCCGCCCCUGAGUCCCAAGGGCUGGAUUCCAGUCUGGACGGGGCGGCCCGGCCCAAAGGCUCCCGGCGGUCAGUGCCCCGCAGCUCAGGCCAGACCGUGUGUCGCUGCCCCAACUGUCUGGAGGCCGAGCGACUGGGGGCUCCGUGUGGGCCCGAUGGGGGCAAGAAGAAGCAUUUGCACAAUUGCCACAUUCCAGGCUGCGGGAAAGCCUAUGCCAAGACGUCGCACCUGAAGGCACACCUGCGCUGGCACAGCGGCGACCGUCCCUUCGUGUGCAACUGGCUCUUCUGCGGCAAGCGCUUCACGCGCUCCGAUGAGCUGCAACGCCACCUCCAGACCCACACGGGCACCAAGAAGUUCCCCUGUGCAGUUUGCAGCCGGGUCUUCAUGCGCAGCGACCACCUGGCCAAACACAUGAAAACCCACGAGGGCGCCAAAGAGGAGGCUGCUGGGGCGGCCCCGGGCGAGGGCAAGGCCAGCUGCGCGGUGGAGCCCCCGGGGGGCAAAGGCAAACGGGAGGCCGAGGGCAGCGCAGCUCCUUCCAACUGAGCUUCCUUGGUGCCGCUUCCCUGCUGAUCUCUGGAGGGCAUUGGAUGAGAGCCCCCAGGUCUGACACCCUUUGGGGGGCGACUUAAGUAAGAGGGGAAGGUGGUUAUUUAUUGAGGGGGGAAAGUGGUGCCGGGACAGGGAGAUGAGGCGCUAGGGUUUUUUAGUCUCUGGGGCUGGACGCGACGCGUUUGUUGGGGCCGGGAGGAGCUGCGCGCACCCCUCUGUUCUUCCCUUCCUCACUAUUUCACUCGUCCCUGGGCUGGGGGGUUAGGGUGAGACACCCCUACUGCAGCUGGAGGGUGGAAGGGACAGGCUGGAGGAGAGGGUGCCUCCCGCAUCCCUGGAGGCAUCCCGGGAGCCGAGAGGAGUGGGGCCGGCCGGGGCGCUGGGGGUAGAUGUCUGGACACGUCCCCAGCGCCUGGGAACCGGAACAUAAAAGCGCCUCCGGAGCCUCCCUGCGGCCCGGGUCUCUUUCAUUCCCCAUAAAGUGCUUCUGCCCCUAGGGUUUCCGGAGGGAGCGCUGAGAUGGGGUGGGGGAGGCUGGGGGUCUCCCUUGGCGGGGUGUCUCUAUCUGGCUUGGAAGGUUGUUGCUGUAAAAAUAAUUCCUUUGAUGUGCCUCCUUAUUAACCCUUCCAGACCCAGGCUGAUGGAGCCAUGAAGGAAGAGGGGAAGAGGGCUGAAAUCCUUGACAGCCUCCCAGCCAGGGCCGCGGUGGAGGGCAGUUAGAUGUGGGGGUGGGGGUGAGCGGGGGAAGUCUCCUAAAACAAGAGAAAGGGAUUUGGUGGGGGAAUGGAAGGAACUAACCCCUUCCCUUUCCAAUUCUCAUUCAGCCCUUAACUCUUGGUCUUUAUAAAAAAUACAGUUCAGUGGCCCACAGUCCCCAUUUACUACUCUAGGUAGAUUUUCAAGGCAGCCAGUAGCCCCAGCUGUAGAAUUGACGUAGUUCCUUACCCUGGGUUCCCAUCCUUUGCCUUUCCCUUGGGGAUGGAAGGAAGAGGGUUAUUUGGGCUAUUUGGGGGCAUUAGCCCCAGCAGAGGGACCUCCAGAGGUUCCCACUCAGAGUGGAGGACUCUGCCCCUGCCUGCCAGUCUCCUGGCCAUCUCCUUGCCACCUCCUUGGCCAUCACGAAGAAGCUGGGCCGCACUCUUGCUUCAGCACGGCCCUUGCCUUUCCCUCGCACCGGCAAGCCUUGCCCCCAUGGUAGAGUGUGCCUAGGAUGCUCCUUCCUCCCCAUCUGAUCUCCGAGUGUGGGAAGCUCCCGUUCUACAUGAAGGUGUUCUCCUUCCACUGCAAGGGGUUCUGCCUUCUGAGGUGACAUCCAGGAAGCCGUCCCCAUUCCCUUCUCCUUUAGAUGCUAGAAAUACAUUUUGAUUAUGAUCAUGGGGUUGGGAGGGAGGGAUGGAGGGAGGGGAGAAGCCCAGCAGAGGCUGAGCCAGGCAGAGGGGAAAGAAGCUGACAUUCGGAAGGGUCUGGCAGGCCACAGGCUCCUGGAGCUGGGGGGCUUUCCCAGGCUCCAGGGUGAGGCCUUAGAUUCCCUCUGACCCCUCCCCCUCCCCUUGCUCCCUUUCUCCACCCAGAGCCCUCUGCGGGAUUAGCUGUGUAUUGAUUUUUAAGUUAUAAGCAAAGGGUAUUUUAUUUAAUAUUAGGGCAUGUAUGUGUGCACGUUGUGUGUGCCUGUGUGUGUGUGUGUAUGUGUGUGUUUCUCUACUGAGCCUGGGGUCUCCAGCCAGGGAGACCCCAUCUUGUUCACCCUGUCCAAGUUCCUGGGGCCUAGGCCCACAGCAUCUCUUCCUCCCUUGGGGAUGCUGAAGCCCAGUCCAAGGUCUGGGAGCUACAUGGGAAGCGGGGCUGGGAUCUGGGUGGGAAUAUGUGUUUGUGUAGAAAGGGGCCCUCCUUAAAAGGGACAGGGGUGGUUUUCCCUGAGGGACUCAUUGGCCUGGGGUAGUUUAAGAGGUAAUGUUCUUUCUUUCUUCUCCCUCUCUUCCCUACUUCCUGCUAACCUGAGCAGAGGUCACCUUCCUGGCUGAGAGAGUGGGGGGCAGGAGGAAAGCUGACAGUGCCUGCAGGUGGAGGGGGCAGAAAGGGAGGGCACUGUGGGUGUGGGAUGCCUUUCUCCUCCACCCAUCGAAACCAGCCACCCCCUCCUUGUGCCACCAAAACAGCCUUUUCCACUGGCCAUUCUAAGGGGAACUCCCAGAUGGGUGUUGGUGGUGGGAGGACAUGGAUGUUCCCCCCUAUAGAAGCCCCAAGUUCUAAGGUAUGCGCUGGGGGCUUUGGAUAGGUUUUCUUCUGCUCCCCUGUCUUAUAGAUCUAGGUCGCUUGGCUGCCUGCCUUUCUAGGCAGCCCCCCUAGAGGAAAAUGUAGGAAUUUUUUUCUUUAACUGCUGUGAACCCACUUUGGGGGGGAGGAGGAGGAGGAAGAAACAGCCUGUGUUUUUUAUGCAAAAAUAAAGUCAUCAACCAC